GUGAUAGAAGAGUUAUUCUCUGACUUACUUUAUUCCAUAUAGAUGUCCAACAAAUUACUAUAUCAUAAAUUACUAGAAAGAAGACAGUACUAUUGGUGGGGGCAUGAAAGUUUUAGUCAGAAAAGUUGAAAGAGAUAAAAGGAGAUGGAGAGGGCAAUAAUAGAGAAGCACAGCCAGAUUGCAUCAUCAUCAUUUUCCAUACCAUAUUCCAUCUUCAUCUGCUGCUUUGAGUUUUCUGUGUGUUUGUGAUCCAAGUUUCUACAAAUUUAUAAGCUUUUCUUCUUAGAGCAUAUUCCAUCUAGCUUCAUCUGCUGCGUUGAGUUUUGUGGUGUAAUUGGGACACGGUAGUAGCUAGAUCUCUGUUCCUACAAAUUUAUAAGCUUCUUAGAGACUUGCUGUGUUGGCGGAAGUAAACUAGCUCUAGCUCUGUCCUAACAAAUCUCUUAAGCUUGUUAAAGGGAAAAAGGUAGCUAGUGAGCUGAAAAUGGAAUGUGCCACUGCCAUUGUUUCCGCUUUCCUGACAAAGAUUGCAGAGAAACUUACAGGGUGCUGCUUCACAUACGUGGGGCGUCAAAUUGGUUAUGUGGACUACAAGAAAAAUUUGGAGAGUCUUGAUGCUAAAGUGGAGGAUCUUAGAGGCGUGAAACAGAAGAUCCAAGGAAUAGCCACUACUGCGGAGAACAAUGGAGCUGUUUCGGAUUGGCUAACAAAAGCCAAAAAAAUGGAGGACGACGUGCAAAAAUUAUUGGUAGACAGCAAGUCAUGUUUCCAUGUUUGUUCUAUGUAUCGGCUUAGUAAGGAUGGUAAGAAGUUGUUGCCAGAUCUUUCUCAGCUACUAGUUGCUGGCGGCCAGCUGUUUCGUUGUGCAGUUGGAUGCCCUCCUUGCUGGUACACAGCUACCACACCUUUUGAGCUCUUCGAAUCGAGAGGAUCGGUUCAUAAACAGAUCAUCGAGGUGUUGAAAGAUGAUAAGAUUUAUACAAUUGGGAUACACGGAAUGCCUGGCACUGGAAAGACGAGAAUGGCACUAGAAAUUGCCAAACAAGCUAAAACAGAGAAUCUUUUUGAUGAGGUCGCUAUGGCAGUCUUCUCCCAAAAUCCAGAAUUAGAAAAAAUUCAAAAAGAAAUUGGAGGGUGUUUAAAGUUGAAAUUCGAAACAGAUACCAAAGAUGGCAGAAAGGAGAAGCUGUGGGAAAAAAUUCCUUGUAAUAAUAGAUGAUAUUUGGAAUGAUAAUACAACGUUGGACCAAAUAGGAAUCCCACCGAGCGAUAAACAUAUGAAGGGUUGCAAAGUCUUGUUCACCUCUCGGGAAAAAGGUGUGUGGAAUAAUAUGGGGGUUCAAAAAGACUUCAAAAUUGAACUUCUAACCGAAAAUGAAUCGUGGGGCCUGUUUCAGAAAGCAGUGGGAUAUGUUAUUGAAUUAACUAAUGAAAUUGAAUCUGUUGCUAGAGAAGUGUGUAGAAAGUGUUAUGGUUUGCCCUUGGCAAUACUUGUCGUUGGUGCAGCACUGAAGAAUCAGAAACGAAAGUAUAGGUGGGAUGUUGCACUUGGACAAUUGAAAAAUUGCAAGGGAGAGAAAAUCGAUGGAGUGAACAAAAAAUUGUUUUCACGCAUAAAGUGGAGCUUCGAGUAUCUAAAGCAGAGAGAUGAUAUGUUAUACUCAUGCCUUUUGUAUUGUUCUUUGUUUUCAGAGGAUGCUGAGAUUCCCAUUGAUGACUUGUUGAUGUAUGGAGUGGGAACGAGGUUUCUCGAGGGCAAUUUGGAAACAAUAAAAAAAGCAAGAGAUACAACACUUGUGCUGGUCGAUAUCCUGAAGGAAUCACAUUUGUUAUUAGAUGGUAAAAACAAGUACUUCGUUAAAAUGCACGACGCCAUUCGAGCUGUUGCCAUCUCAAUUGCAUCAAAAGAAAAGGGAUUUCUAGCAAAAACAGGUGUCUCAAAGUGGCCGGAUGGAGAUGAGUACAAAUCCCGCCGGGUAAUCUCAUUGAUAUCCCAAAAUAUUUAUGAGCUUCCGAGUGAGAUAGAAUGUUCAAAACUACGCACCUUGGUAUUGGAAUGCGACGAGGACCGUAAACCACAAGUUCCAGACAGUUUUUUUAAAGGAAUGAAAAAACUUGAAGUUUUAGAUUUGUGUUGCGUGAAGCUGCCAUCAUCACCUCUAAAUCUGGUUAACCUUCGGAUGUUGCGUCUCUAUGAUUGUGAGCAGGUGAACUUGGCUUUUCUCAAGGAACUAAGAAAUCUUGAGAUACUAAGCAUUAAUGAUUAUGAUCUGAAAGAGGUAGCUGUGGAGGUAGGACAGUUGACUAACUUGCAGUGGUUGGAUUUGAGCCGCUGUAGACAGCUUAAGAUCGUUCCAUCGGGUGUCAUAGAAAGUCUAUUUAAAAUUGAGGAACUGUACAUUCCACAUGAUUUUGGGGAAUGGGGGUUUGAAGGGAAUGCAAGGCUUGAUGAACUUAAUUCACUGAAAGGCUUAACCACUUUACAAAUUCACAUAGGAGAUGGCAUGCUACUGCCCAAUGAGCUCUGCUUUAAGUCCUUGAACAGAUUCAAAAUAUCAGUUGGGAGGACUAAGGGUUUUGGGUAUGAUGAAGAAGACUUAGGAGCACGGAUGUUGAAACUUGAUGAUAUUAGUAUAAGGAAGGAGUUCAAUAUUUUGAUUGAGAAUGCGGAAGCACUUUUUUUACAGAAUGUGGAAGGUUUAAAGAAUGUGCUUCAAUGUGGAGAUGGAAAAGGGUUUCUGGAUUUGAAAUAUCUUAGAAUCGAGGACUCUAGUGACAUGGAACAUCUACUUGGCAGUCCAAAAUGGAAUUUUCAAAGUCACGGUGCUUUCAACAGAUUAAGUGUGUUAGGUAUUACACGUUGUGGAAUGAAAUUUCUCUUCAACGCAUCCAUGGCAAGAGCUCUUCCACAACUCCAAGAAUUACGAAUACGGGGAUGCGAAAUCAUGGAAGAAAUAAUUCUAGAUGAUGAUGAGGAAGUAAUGAAUAAUGUUACUUUUCAUCAAUUAAAGAAAAUGGAGUUGUACAGACUACCAAACCUCGUAAGCAUAUGCUGCACCAAUAGGAAGAAAACGUCAAGCACGGAUUGCAAUACUUCCGACCUUGCACAAGCUUUCUUUAAUGAAAAGGUUUCAUUCCCUGCAUUGGAGGAACUAAAGAUAAGCGAAUUGGAAAGCAUUACAUGGAUAUGGGAUAACCAAUUAUUCCUAGCUUCGGAAGCAAAAGAAGAAUCAUCCUUCCAGCAGCUGAGGGAGAUAGAGAUAGAAAGAUGUCAGAAACUGGUGAAUGUGAUACCCUCCAAUUUGAUUCCAAGGUUACAGAAUUUGGAAACGGUCGAAAUUAAAGGGUGUGAGUCGGUGGUGUCAGCAGUCGAAGUGCUUACUAUUGAAAAUGGGUCUGCAACAUCAAUGGAACUACCUCAGUUAAAAUCAAUGAUUCUUGAGUCACUACCUAAGCUGAUGCUCCUGGGUUUGAACAGAAAGGAGCAUUCUGAUCACAGACCUAACAUUGGUGCCUAUUCAAACCUAACAUCUCUUAACAUUAGCGACUGUCAUAGUUUGAGAAAUGUAUUCUCAUCAUCUAUAGCAAGAGAUCUUGGGCAGCUACAAGAUUUGAUAGUAAUAGACUGUGAGGAUAUAGAAGAGAUAAUUGCAAUUGAAACAGGAGAAGGGAAAGAUGAGGUAGUGGAUGAGGAGAUCAUUGUUUUCCCUCAAUUAAAGAAAAUGUAUCUUAUAAAGUUACCAAAUCUCAAAAGUUUCUGUGGACCCAAGAAAGAAACAGUGAAGGAUGACAGUAUUCCCCAACUACAAUCCCUUUUCAAUUACAAGGUCAAGUUCCCUUGUUUGGAGAGCUUCGAGUAUAAAGGACGUGAAAACAAUGUGAAGGAGAUAUGGGACGACACGGUUCCAACAGAUGCUAUUUGUAAACUAAGGGUGUUGAAAGUGUCUUCUUGUGUUGAACUGGUAAGUGUUGCUCCAUCAAAAUUGCUUGGAAGUUUCCACAACCUAAAAGAACUUAGCAUAUUAAGGUGUGACUCCUUGGAAGAGGUAUUUAAGGUUGAAGGAGGGUCAAAUGCCGAGGAAGGAAUGGUUGCAAGAGAUACAGAUAUAGAAAAAGACUCGGAGGACAAUCUUGUGUUCCCUCAAUUGAAAUCUAUAGACUUCGCGUUUUUGCCCCAGCUGAGGAUUUUUUACCGGAGGAAAUAUUUUUUUGUCAUCCUUAAAACAUAUUUUGUAUGGCCAUGUCCCAGCAGCCUCAUUAGCAAAGUAAGAGAGCUGCAGCUGAAUAACUGCAGAGUGCUUAAAGACAUUCCUACCCUGCUGCUACAGAGGUUUGAAGCUGUUGAAGAACUCAGGGUGUGGGGUUGUCAUUCAUUACAAGUUCUCUUCAGCCUUGAAGGACUUGAAGACAUCAAAAGAGGAGCCCCUCAAAUAACCAAGUUGGACCCCUACCACAACCUAACAUCUUUAACAGUUGAAUCUUGCAACAGCCUGAAAUGUUUAUUCUCACUCUCAAUCGCAAGAAAUCUCACAAAUAUUGAACAACUGAGUGUUCGUGGCUGUGAUGCGAUUGAAGAAAUAAUUAAAAAUGAAGAUCAAGGUGAAGAGGAUGGUGCCAUGGAUGAAAUUGUGUUUCCCAAGUUACAGUUGAUGAACCUUUACCAUCUACCAAACCUCACAAGUUUUUGUUGGGCAAAUAAUGCUUUUAAAUUGCCAUCCCUACAGAGUGUUACGCUGGAAGAAUGUGACAAAAUGCAGACAUUCACAUUUGGACAGAUAAGCACACCGGUGAUAGAAUUAUAUAAUGAAGAUAAAAAAGUGAGUGACCUCAAUAAUUAUGUGCAGCAGCGUGCUCAAGAAAGGAAGUGGAUUGCGAUAUAUAAGGAUGAUGAAGAAACAAGUAUUGGCAAAGAAAAAGAGUCUGGAAACCAUGAUGAAGAAGAUAUUUUGGCAAAUGAGUAAAAUUAAGUGAUCAUUUUUGGACAGGCUAGUAUUUGGAAGUGGAAGUAAUUUUACUACAGUUACCAUCCAAGUGACUGAAGUAAAAAGGUGGCGGAUCCAAUCCUUUGGGUUCUCUCUUGCUACUGCCAAGAAAACAUAAUGGCCUUCAAUUCAAGGGGCACCAAAUGCUGACAUGCAAUUUAUUUGGGGACACCAAAAUUGGAAGUUUCAUAUAUGAUUUAUUGUUUGUUUUCUCCCAUAUUCUUUUUCUGCUCGAGUGUGAAUACCGUUGGUGUGUUUUGCUGAAGAUUGUUUAGCUAUGGUUGAAGUGUAUUUUAUUUAUUUA